UGUAAACAAUCUAAAUAACGAAGUCACUUUAAGUGAUGUUUACUACGCGGAUGUUUCAGCCUAUGAAUAAAAUAUACUCGUGAAUCACAAAUACACAAGGGAAUAAACGCCAUAACGUUGUUUAACAAGUGCUGAAUUAUAAAUAAACACUAAAAGCUAUGCAUGGUAUAGCCAACCCUUAUUGCUUUAAUGAGUAUUCCCGUAUGUUGAGUGAGAGAGUGCAGCUUACAACUUAUUUAAGUGCAGACGCUAAUCGUCGGAAAGAUGCGGCAUACUAAAGUUGUUCGGUGACUUACUGGAGUUUUACAUUGCCACAUGUUUGAUUACCGGCAGGCAUCUGUGCGAACAUCAAUGGCCCUAGAGUCAAAUGCUUGGCUCUCGUCCAACAGUACAGCUGCAGGUACAACAGCAAGGGAACAGCAACAGCAGCAGCAGCAACAACAGCAGCAGCAGCAACAACAGCAGCAGCAGCCACCGCCACCACCGCCACCUCCUCCACAGCAUACAGCUGUUGUAAAGACACGUGAUGAUCAGCUUGGUCAAGUUCCACAGCAUGGUAGCCAGAAUUUCAUUGGAGCAGAUGAUAAUCAGCAAAGAAGUUUGCUGAAAAUACCCUCAUCAGUUGUUGGCAAAUGUUCCAUGUUCACACAGACUGAACACACGAACAGGUUCACACAGACAGAACAUCCAGCUGCCAGGUAUGGUGGUAUUUGUCUAGAAAACGGCAGUAACGGAGGUAACUGUAAAGCAGAUUCAUCUACCAUGUUUGACCCAGCAGGUAUGCAGCAGCAGGGCACCAGUUCACAGAUGUAUAGUGCUUCAUCUGAUAAAAAUAAGGAUCCUGAGAAAACAUCUAGCAGUGCAUCAGCGGAUUUCCCUUUCUGCUACAACGUGAACAUGCUUCAGAAAGUCCACCAACAGAGCAAUUCAGCUGUACCUGUUGGAGGAAUAAGUGGUGAUGACAAAGGCUGCUAUAGAUUUGAUGUAGCUCAACCAUUUGGAUACAAUUAUGCAUUAGUUAAUCAGAUGUCUUUGGCAGCUGCUGCAUCAACUGCAACAUUUAAGUGUGAUGUUUGUGGUUUAGUGUUUGCUCAUCUCUCUCUCUUAAAUCAUCAUAAAAGGAUACAUAACACAACUAAUAUGCUGGCAACUGGAGCUCAAAAUGCUGCAGAAAGUGAACGCCAGUUUACUUGUGAUAUGUGUGGUGUGAGUUUUAGUUUAGCAGGGGAACUUAAGAGCCACAAGAAUGGAGUUCAUGGGAAAGCUAAUCAGAAUCAGCAGCACAUAGGAAGUAAGUGCUGUGAGUCUUGUGGUGUUGAAUUAGCUUGUGAACAUAACGGUGGUAAUUUGGUGAAAGGUAAGAAGAAUGGAAAGUUUGUGAAAUGUGAAUCAUGUCAAGAAAUGAUGUCAGGCAGCAGUUCAGGUUCUGGCUCCACUCCUGUGUACAGCAAUAGCAGUGGUUCGGGGAGUGAGAGUGGUGGUACCAACAAUGCUGCAAAUAAUACAAAUCUGGGUGAGAUAAAACCUGGGCAUCAUCCAGUGAAACGUAGAGGUGUGGCCAGUGUUACAAAAUGUCAUAAAUGUAAUGGAUCUGGCAUCAUUUUCAUUGGUGGGCCUCGUAACGCAACAGCUGUUGACAAACCCUUCCACUGUAAUGUUUGUGAUGGAACAUUUUCAAGAUAUUCUAGUUUGUGGAGCCACAAAAGAUUGCAUAGUGGCGAUAAACCUUUUAAGUGUGAAAUCUGUGGUCUCGCAUUUGCGAAAGCGGCAUACCUGAAAAACCAUGCUCGUGUGCACACGGGAGAAAAACCUUUCAAGUGUGCCGUUUGCGGGAUGCAAUUCUCACAGUCCCCACACUUGAAGAACCAUGAGAGGAUACAUUCGGGUGAACGUCCGUACCAGUGUGAAGUGUGCGACAAGACAUUUGCCCGUCAUUCGACACUAUGGAAUCACAGACGUAUUCACACCGGUGAGAAACCUUACCGAUGUGAAGUCUGCGGCUCUGCAUUCAAUCAAGCUACCCACCUAAAAAAUCAUGCCAAGGUCCAUACUGGUGAGAAACCACACCGAUGCGACAUUUGUGAGGUUGGCUUUUCUGACAGAUUCGCUCUGAAGCGCCACCGUGGUAUACAUGAAAAGUAUGGAAGAACGUCUGUUAGUGCUUCAAAUAAUCCAACUGGAAAUGUGCAGAACAGUCAGGUACCUCCAAAUACUUCAAAUGUGAAUGUUAGUAGUGUUAAUGUAAAUUCUGUUUCUAAUGUAAAUGCUGUGAAUGUUAACAAUGUUAAUAACAGAAAUGGGUCAAACCCAAAUUCAGCUUCAAAUAAUUCACAAGCUGGCAUAGACGACCUAUACAAAUGUGAGGUUGGAGGGCCAGUGGCAUUUCCUGGUUGUUCCAGGCCCCAUGAUGAGAAACAGUGAAAGGGAGAGUGCUCUUACAUGUAACCCUAUUGUAAAUAACAGUAUUGAGACAGUCACAGUCUAUAAUGUGUAAUUAUGAAGGUUACAUAUAUGUCCACUAGCAUUUUCUGAACUGUGAUUUUCUCAGUAGAGCACUAGGAUUGCUGCUAGAGAUCCCUUUCUUUUCGGGGUGAUUGGGGAUUGUAGCUUGAUCUGUUUAGUGUGUAUUGUCAUCAUUAUUAGGCAGCCUUCAGGAGUUACUCAUGGUUCAUGAUCCCUUUGAGAUGGCAGAACAUUUAAUUUGUGCUUCCACUGUUCACAAUGAAGUGCUACUAACAAACUUUGACGCUUGUGCCUCAGCCAACCUGGUCCUUGGCAAAACCACAUAACAUAAUAUACUGUGUGGAAGACUCCAUGAAUGGUUCCCCAUUAAAAUAUCUUCUGAUAAAAAAUAGUGCACCACAUUGUGACACACAGCUAUUGACCCUGUUAGUACUCCAUGAAUUUAUUGGUUCUAGCGUAUUGCCUGAGAGUGGUGCAAGGCACAUUUGCUUCCAGAAAUGUGAUACAAAUGCUCACUGUCAUUGGUCAACAAGAUAAAUAAAGAUAUGAAGAUGGUAUC